CCAUCCAUCCAUCCAUUCAUCCAUUCAUCCAUCCAUCCAUCCAUCCAUCCAUCCAUCCAUCCAUCCAUCCAUCCAUAGAGCGGCUCUUCUCCUACCGAGAGAGUGUAUCCUCGACGAAGGUAGAGGCGAACCGUAGAGUGGUACAUCUACCAUCAUCUCUUUAUCGGUGGAAUCCAAGGACUCGAAGACCCCGUGUGAUUUCAGUCGGCCGCCGGCCGGCUGUGGCCGGCCACUAUCUUCGAUCACGUGUGUAAGGUCGCUGUGCCGCGUAUUGACAAUCCUUUGACCUCAUUGCUUUGGUCCUUCACUGCGUGUGCGGAUUUCUGAAGAACAAUAUAUUAGCUGUCCUUAUCAACAGUGUCAGAAAGUUGAACAAUAGGAAUCAUCUGAGUCGACCGACUGUGCUCUGAUUUUUCUGCUUGGUUACGUGCUAUGAAAUAUUUCAUCUUUAAUGUCAACUUUGCGCUUCAAGUCACUUUUGGGCAAGAUAUCGAACAAAGAGGCGACGGACAAUGGAUAUAUAAAGGUGAAAUCAGAAUCAACGAUAAUCAUUAAUUAAUAUAAAAUGUGUGCAGUGAAAAUAAAUAUUGAACUGAAAGUUGCUGAAAAGAAAUAUUUUGCAAAUUGAAUAUUUUCAGUGAAAUAUUUGUUCUUGUGUAAACAUUUGUCUUCUCUAUUAGAGAGAAAUUAUGCGCACGCUUAAACGCCAAGAUUACAGACAAAGAGGAAAACGAUCAGGCUGGCUCAUGAUUCCGAGUUUUAUACCGAUUUCGCGGGUAUAGGAUUUUGCCUCUGGUUAAAAUACUUGCAUCGUGAAAUUAAUUAAUUCACGCUUAUCGAUUUGGAGUGAGUGAGGUUAUUCGAGUGACAUAACUUGGAAUAUUUUCUAGUGAAGAUUGACGUUACGGUAACGCGAUCUUGACAUCGACAUCGCGACGCGUGGGCGCGAUAUUGAAGAGCAGUAGUAGCGUCGUAAUGUUGCGCCGUUGUUACGGCUAGCGCCGGCCUCAUCAUUCCGCGAGGCGUGAGCUUCAAGUACUUCGACGGCGUCGGCCUCGCCGAAAUGAGUGGUGGCAGCGGCGGUGGUGGCGGCGGCGGCGGCGGCGGCGGCGGCGGCGGCGGCGGAAACGGUGGUGGCAAUCAAAGCGGUAACAGCAAUGCUACAACUUAUCAUCAGCACCAACAGCAACAGCAGCAGCAGCAAUCGCAACUGGAACAAGCCAGUUUGCUGUCAGAUCUCAAUGGUAUCGAUUUGGCAAUGAGUCUGUCACCGAAGCAGCACUCGUCCCAUGUACAAACCGCUGGUGGCGCUCAUACAACGCCCUUCAGUGUCACUGAUAUUCUGUCACCGAUCGAGGAAUCUUAUCGAAAGCUCGAGCUAGCCGCCGCCGCUGCUGCCGUCGGUGUCGUCGCGCAUUCCCAGGGCUCGCCUUACGGGAAUGCUUGCGGCGCUCGGGUGGGUGGUAACGCUGGUAGCUCGAGUGCGAGCAGCGGUAGCCCGCCGCUACACGGCGGUUCGACGCCCGGCGGCAGCACCCCCGGACCGGUUUCCGUUGCCAACGGAACCGCUCCCGGCAGCGGCGGCGGUGGCGGUAGUGCCGGUGGUGUCAGCGGAGGUAUGAGCGCCAUGAGUAAUCCUUAUGCCACUAUGCAGCUCACGUCGCAGUACCAAUAUUGCGCUGCAGAAUUAUCCCCGUAUCAUCAUGCCGGACCCGGGGUCGGUGCUACGGCCACGGCUGCAGACCCCAUGAGAUCUCACGCGGUGUCGUCGCACCAUCAUCCUUGGUAUGCACCGGCGCCACCAGCCACCAAUGAUCCACGCUUUGCUAUCUCACGGUUGAUGGGCGCUGCGGCAGCAGGCGCUGGGACCAAUAUGGCUGGCUGCUCGGUGGGCCAGUCAAUGGGCGAUGUUACAAAGUCAUCAGGAAUGGGAGUGGGUGUUGGAGUUGGCUGUGGGGUUGGUGUCAGUAUGGGCGUCGGCGCAAUGCAAUUCCCUCUUGCCCAAAGACGAAAGAGACGCGUGCUUUUUACGCAGGCCCAAGUCUACGAACUCGAAAGGAGAUUCAAGCAGCAAAAAUAUCUUAGUGCGCCUGAACGGGAACAUCUGGCAUCGUUAAUUCACUUAACGCCUACGCAAGUGAAAAUAUGGUUUCAAAAUCACCGAUAUAAGUGCAAGAGGCAAGCGAAGGAAAAAGCUAUGGCCGAGCAAAAUGCCCAAAAUCAGAGUGCAAGUUCGCCGCGACGAGUGGCAGUGCCGGUAUUGGUGAAAGACGGUAAGCCAUGCGGAAGUGGCGCGGGUGGUGGAAAUGAAGGUAGUCGUGGCGGACCCAGUGCGGCCUUGGCGAGUCCAGCACCGCAUAUGACGGCCGCCUCGAGUCCUCAUGGUACCCAUCACGCGGCUACCUCUUCAGUGUCCCAUCAUUCGGUUGUUGCUGGCGUCAGCCACGUGAUGAGUUCGAGCCAGAGUCUGCAACAUUGCUCUUAUACACGGGCCAGCGCGCAGCAGGGUAUGCAGCAGCAACAGCAGCCACAGUGCGGCGCGUAUUUACCAUUACAGGGCCGAGCUUGGUAGUGCGCGCCAUCCGCGGCGGGAGCUGCGACCUACGCCAAUCCCUCCGUCGCAGGCCCAUGGGCCCUCGCCGCGGAUCCAACUGCUUGGUACGCCGUACCCGAUGAUAGUCCUUAAGGAAGAGGAGGGAGAAGGAGGAGACGAAGGACCACUGAUCGUGAAAUCACGUGUAGCAUGAAAACGAUCACAGGAUGAACCUAAGUCUCAUUCCCGUAAACUUAUAAGGGGCAGCUUUGAUGCGGGUUGGAAUACCACUACGUGACACUGUAAAUUCGUAAAAUCGAAUAAUUACGCAAACGACCGCUGCCAUCCCUGAAGAGCUAACUUCGUAAGCUGUGCUUACAGUUACCAAGAGGAUAUAACUCGUCAUUGGGUACACAUCUAUAGUCACUGGUAACACGCUAGCCGGCUAGGGGUAUGAUGUUACAACAAUCUACAUUUAAUGGGUAUAUGCUCAUUGAUUAUAGAUACUAUUAAUGUGAUAAUUUGGUUUUAACCACUAUCUAUGGUCACAGAAUACGUUCACUGGUUGAAAAUGGGCCACCAUAAUGACACAAUACAAAUAUUCGAAUCGGGAUAAUCGUACAUUAUUAUAGUGAUUGUCGUAUGCUCUCGUAUACAUUAAGAGUCAAUAUAAUCAGAACUGGAUUCACUAAGAGUAAAGAUUUAACUAAAUAUUUAUUAAUAAAUUUUUAUAAACAGUGAGCGGUGGCUAAAACCAACCACCGCUUUAACAAUAUUCGAAGUCAUGACUUUGUCAACAUUUAUCAAACUCAUUGGAUUUUUUAAUGGCUGACUUUAUUUGAGUUGAUGCAUUUACCGGAAAAUUAAAAGUAAAUAUAAAAAUCGCAGCUAUAAACAGACAGAUUUAAUUAAAUUUAUCAAAUUAAAUCACAAGCAAUUCUACAAUGUAAACAUAAAAAAGUUAUGCACAUGAUAUAAGUAGCUUAUAAAUAUUUUUAGAGAAUUAAUAAAAAACAGAAAUUAUGAAUUAGUUUAAUAAAAAACUAUUUCAUCAUUUCUUUUAUUAAUUUAGUUCAGUGAAAGUAAUUGAACGUUUGAGGCGAUUUUCGUGGUCGACGCCUACUUUUCUCUCAUCGCACGCGCAGUAACAACUAAUGCCAGCGCUGUCAACGUUAACAAUGGCAUUAUCAGAUAAAUGAAUGGAUUUUCCUUCUGUGAGAACCCUGAUUAUUUAAAUUUGAGAAAAUGUAUAAGGAAUUGAAAGUUUUUAAUUCACAUGGAAUAUAUUUAUUUAACACUUGAAAUCAAAUACACUGAAACAGGAAUGGUGAAAUGGAUUGUUCGCUCGCGAAUUAUCGUGGCCCGUAUCCACUUGAUGAAUUGAAACCCGUUGAUUCGAAUUACGAAACAGCGGUCAACAUCAAAAAUAAAUUAUAAACUUCGCGGAUUGGAAUCGGAUAUGUUCAAAUUCAUUUGACGAUUUGCUGAGAUUCGUUCGCCGUGCGAGAUGAACAUUGUAGAAUGCAGCGACAUCGAAAACAAAAUACGCCGGGGGCUACAAUGGAAUGGUGAAAUGGAUUGUUCGCUCGCGAAUUAUCGUGGCCCGUAUCCACUUGAUGAAUUGAAACUCGUUGAUUCGAAUUACGAAACAGCGGUCAACAUCAAAAAUAAAUUAUAAACUUCGCGGAUUGGAAUCGGAUAUGUUCAAAUUCAUUUGACGAUUUGCUGAGAUUCGUUCGCCGUGCGAGAUGAACAUUGUAGAAUGCAGCGACAUCGAAAACAAAAUACGCCGGGGGCUACAAUGGAAUGGUGAAAUGGAUUGUUCGCUCGCGAAUUAUCGUGGCCCGUAUCCACUUGAUGAAUUGAAACCCGUUGAUUCGAAUUACGAAACAGUACACUGCAUCGCGGUGAUUGUGACUCGAUUUCAGCUGAACACGAUAUCCGAGACAGAUUCACGAGCGACAAUGUCGCUCGGAAAGUGCUUUCCAGACAAUGAUGCGUUCGUUUGUCAAAUAUUCGACAAACUCCUGUGCGCCCUACAUUUACAUAGAACAUUUUUUACAUUACGUUAUCGUUAUAGACAAAGACUGCGUUCCAAUUGACAUUUCAAAUGAUUCUAAACACUUUCUGCCCGGUUUCUUCUUAAAAAGAAGAAAAGAAAAUGUUUUGAAGCAUGUGUAACGUUGAGUAAACCGCAUUCAAAAAAAAAUAUACUUCAACAUUAUUUUAUCUACAUAUAAUGAGACAGUUUUAUUGAUUAUGUAGAAGUCUUAUACCAAUUAAAAAAUAUUGAAUUUAUCAGAAAUGUAUAUAUAUACUCAAGAUAAGACUCGAUAAAAACAAUACAUUGAUAAAAACGUUUCAGUUAUUGCUUCGAAUUCGUUACAUGAAACUUUCUCGAAAAAUUAUUUUUUUAAUAUAAAAGCGUAAUUAAUUAGAUUAAUGCUUCUUAAAAAAUUUAUAAGUUUUCUGUAUAUAUAAAAUAAUGUAUUUCUGCACAUGUAAAAAUGUAAUUAUAUUUAAAAAAUUGGGAUACUUAAUGAUCGAAAUGGUUCAAUCAAAUAAUCUAUCUUUUUUAAUUUUAAUUUGUGCUAUAUCAAGAAAAGCUGAAGAAUUUUUCUAUCUUUAAACAGUGAUUUCUCAAUGUCUCUCUAAAUCAAAUUAUGCCAACAAAAUGUACGCACUAGUAUAUUCCGAAGAAAUUCUAGUCCUAUAUUCAUAAAUGUCUUUUGAAAUAUGAUUUUAUUGAAUUUUACGUAUCGAUAAAAAUAUUUUAUCAAUUUUUUGUAUCAUUAUAUGAAUAUAACGAAAAUUUAAAUUAAAUUAUCAAUUUCAUGUUAUUAUAGUAAAUCAUAUAAAACUAAUGUAAUUAUUUCCAACAUAAUCAUAGACUCUUAGCAAUCAACAUGUUACAUUUUGUUUCAUAUAGCUUUAUUCUCUCACGUAAGUGUAUUAAUGAUUCUUGUUUUUCUGUAAAUAUAAUUAAGAGAGAUACCAGGGAUAUUUAGAUGUGUAAAAGACUAUAAGUGACAAAUCCUGGUAAAAAACAAUUUAUUAAUUAUAGACAUAAUAAGUAUAAACUGCGUCUUCCGAGAUCAAGCACUAUACGUAAUUUAGAAAGAAAUAAAAUUUUUUGAUCAGUAUUACCUUCUCUCUCUGAAAGUAGAAAAGUUGUUACAAGACUAAGUUACAGACAUAAAUAAAACUACAUUGAUAAUAUAGU